AUGGUCUCGAUUUUCUCCUUAUCCAAAAACGCUUUGACUGCCCUCGCUUUCGCUGUUUUAGCUCAAGGUAUCGCUAUCCCUGAAGGUCUCGAAAAAAGAAGCCCCGGGUUUGUUUCCUUAGACUUUAAUGUCGUUAGAAAACCAUUGAAGGUGAACUCGACUGUUGCCCACUCCAAAGACGGCAAGAGACAAUAUGUUCCAUUAUCCUUGGUUGAUGAAGGUGGCUCCUACGUUUCUCAAAUCACGGUUGGGUCAAACAAACAGCCACAAACAGUCAUCAUCGAUACUGGAUCCUCGGACUUGUGGGUCGUUGACGUGAAUGCGCAAUGUCAGGACAACGUUGAUUGUACCAGUGACGGUACGUUUGACCCUAGCCAAUCUUCCACCUGGCAAAACUUGGGCACCCCAUUCUCCAUCGAGUAUGGAGAUCAAAGCACAUCUGAAGGUACUUGGGGUAAGGACACUGUUGGCUUUGGUGGAAUCUCAAUCACGGGCCAACAGCUUGCCGAUGUUGACACCACCUCGGUCCCACUGGGAAUCAUGGGAAUCGGAUUGGAUACCCUUGAGGCCUCAAACACUCAAUACCCUAAUGUCCCUGUCACGUUGAAGAAUCAAGGCAUCAUCUCCAAAAACGCUUACUCGCUUUACCUUAACGAUAUCAAUGCCGCUAGUGGUACCAUUAUUUUCGGAGGCGUUGAUAACGCCAAGUACACCGGCAGUUUAAUCAGUGAGGACGUCACCAUGUCCACAAGGUUGACCAUUGCAUUGUCAAACGUCGACUACAAUGGCAACUCCCACGAUGCUUCCAACGCUGACGCGUUGUUGGACUCCGGUACCACCUUGACCUAUUUGGACCAAACCCUCGCUAGCGACAUUGCAAACCAAGCUGGUGCAUACUGGGUCUCCUAUCCAAGCGGCGGAGGAAACUACUUCAUCGACUGUGGAGCUUCGACUUCAGGCGACGUUGUCUACUCCUUUGCCAAGGGAGCCAAGAUCUCCGUGCCAAUGAGCGAGUUUAUCUUCCAAAAUGGCGAUGGCACCUGUCUCUGGGGUAUUCAACCAAACGGUGACGGAAUUGGAUCGCUUACCAUUUUGGGAGACAACUUCUUGAGACACGCUUACUUGUUGUACGAUCUUGACGCCAUGACUAUUGGUAUUGCUCAAGUCAAGUUUACUUCAGCAUCAAGCAUUUCUGCUGUUUAA